AUGGGCGUGACCAAGAAAGAGCUACCGCUGCUCCAGCACAAUGGCUACACGGCCACCAGUCCCACAGCUUCGUCCGUGUCGUCGUCCUACUCGCGCGUGGCUUCGGAGGAGCUCAUCGUGCCUGCGCCCGACAGCGUCAACUCGGUCUACUAUGGCGUCGACGCCUUUUCGCCCACGCUCGUGGAUUUCUACACAGUGGACCAGAAACGCAUUGUCUGGUCUUCACGGGCUCACCGCAAGAUCAUGACGACGCUCUACCGCGCGUGGCACGGCAAACACUGGAAGGUCUACUCGCUCAGCUUCUGGGGUGGUCUCUGUGCCAUGGUGGCCUUUCUCUUCUUUCUAGCAGGUGCAGCAGGCGAGGCCGUGGCUUUCAGUGCCAGUGACUCGGGCGACGCGAUCACUACACAGACACUCGAGCGACAGGUGCAUUCGUCCGUGGACUUGCCAUUGCUGCUGGCUGCUGUGUUCUUUCUGGCGUACCACGCCAUCACGUACUUGGAAGUCAUUAACUGCUGCCACAACCUCGAGAUUUGGCUCGAGGAGUAUUUUCACGGUACGGAGCCCGUUCUUGAACGUCAGUACGUCGGCUUCUUUCCCAGUCGCAUUGACUUUUGGACGACCAUCUUGGGUAUGUUUGGCUCCAUGCUCUACGUCUUUGCUCGAGCUUAUGUGUGGGUAAAAGGCGACAUGGAGAAUUUCGGCAUUGUCAACGUCAAGCGCGAUGACUUGAGCCUCAUUGUUGGAUAUUGGGUGCCCUUCUUUGCCGGAUCGUUUCUGCUGCUACUUAGCGCCUACUUGGCGCAUGUCGAGGUUGUGCACCAAUGGUUUUCAUGCCGACUCACGACACUCGAGACUUGGAUCACUGGUUUGAACAUGCUGGCAAUGGUCGGGUUUUUCCUGUCGUCAACGCUGCAAUUCAUGGACCCGUUUUCGGCGCUGUUUUCGUUCCAGGCGUGCGUCAUGCCUUUUGCAUCAGGCUGUGUGCUGGGCCUUGCUUCGAGUGUGCUCAGCCUCAUGGAACUGGAGAAGAUCCACAAACGUCACAAGCACCCGGAAUACGGUCUGUACGCGUGUCCCGCUGGUUAUGGGACUGCUGCAAGCUACGGGUCGUUCAAGCAGCAGCAGCAGCAAGUAUAA